UCUCGUUCGCUGAGCCCAGUCAUGUACCCACCGCAGCAGUUGGCAUACGGACGGUUUCCGCGUCCUAUUUUCACGAUGGGUGACUCAGUUUUAACGAUUUAACGGGACGACGUUUAACAGAAGUGGUGGGAUACCGAAGAGGCUAAAAAUUCACCAGCGUGUGCGCUUGUUUACUUGCAAGCUGUCGCCAGUCUGACAGUGCAUCAUCAUCAUCAUCAUCAUCAUCACCACCACCACCAGCACCAACAGCAGCAGCCAUAGCACCGAUUUGACAGGUAACGUUAUGUCUGCCUCCGCCGUCCGAGACACCGUGGUGAAGAAGAAACACGUCCGCUUCGCCCGCAUGGAGGACGACGACGACAACGACGACCAGGAGGAAGACACCCUGUUUGACAAGAGGAAGGACACCGGCCGGGGGCUGAAGAGCGCCCUGAAGGCGGCCAAGAGGACGCAGAAACCCGGCUGCGACGGCGUGGAGAUCGUCGGCGGAGGAAGCGGCUAUGGAGCCUGCUGGGGCUGGAUGGUCACGCUCGUGCUCUGUGCCUCGUUCCUGGGACUGGGGAUGAGUAUCUCCGUCCUGGGCCCCACUUUUGAAGACCUCGCUGUGAAUGUCAACAAGAACAUCAGCAACAUCUCCUACAUCUUCGUCGGCCGCUCUAUGGGAUACAUCGGUGGCUCCCUCCUGGGGGGCAUUCUCUUUGACUGUGUCAAUCCCCACCUCCUGCUGGGCUUUUCUAUGAUGAUUACAGCGUUUGGAAUGUGUGCCAUCCCGUUCUGUAGGCAGGCUCUGCUCCUCACCGGGCUUAUGUCCAGCAUCGGAAUAUCUAUGGGGAUUCUGGAUACAGGUGGUAAUGUGCUCAUCCUGAACACAUGGGGCAACCAGGCUGGACCUCACAUGCAGGCUUUGCACUUCAGCUUUGCAGCCGGAGCCUUUGUGUCACCCAUCAUAGCCAAGCUGCUCUUUGGGUCUGAUGUGGAUGGCAGCAUGGCGACUGUGCUGACAACCACCGCACCCCCCACCACCACAGAACCAGCAACCAGAGCCUCCGGAACUCGCACGUUCAUGUGGGCCUACAUCGUGAUCGGCAGUUUCGUCCUGCUCUCCUCCCUCCUCUUCUUUGUUCUCUACUCCCGCAGCAGCCUGUUGCGGGACAAAUCCCGCACAGCGUCGGAGAAGCCGCUGGUGGCCAAACAUCACACAGCUCUCAUUACCCUGCUCUUUUUCUUCUUCUUCUGCUAUGUGGGCGCAGAGGUGGCCUAUGGCUCCUUCAUCUUCAUCUAUGCCAAGGACUAUGCCCACAUGGAUGAGCCUCAGGCGGCAGGGCUCAACUCCUUGUUCUGGGGCACAUUCGCUGCCUGCCGGGGCCUCGCCAUCUUCUUUGCGGCUUGUGUGUACCCGGGCACCAUGAUCCUGCUCAGCCUGGUGGGCUGCACCCUCUCCUCCCUGCUCCUCUGCCUCUUCAGCAGAGAGAAGGUGGCCCUGUGGGUUUGCACCGGCCUCUACGGUGCGUCUAUGGCCACCACCUUCCCCAGUGGCAUCUCCUGGGUGGAGCAGUACACCACUGUGACGGGAUCCUCGGCCGCCACCUUCGUGGUGGGCGCCGCACUGGGGGAGAUGGUGCUGCCUGCGCUUUUGGGCUUCCUGCUGGGGAAGUUCCAGGAUCACCCGCUGCUGAUGUACCUGUCUCUGGUCACCGCCACCAUCACCUCCAUCCUCUUCCCUGUAAUGUACAAGCUGGCCUCCGCCCCCAGCGGCCAGGGCAGGAAACCACGCACCAGAGGCCGGCCCGAUGCUGACGACAGCGAAUACCGCCAGGCACUGCUGGAUUCUGGAGCCAAUGAUGAGGAAGAAGAGGAGGAGCAGGAAGACAACGAGGCCGACCAGUGGAACGAUGCGGACUUCGAGGUGAUUGAGAUGGAUGAUGCUACCAGUGUGAUGAAUUCGCCCAACAAGGGGUCAUCCACUCCCGAUGUCGCCACGCUGACGGGAGGCACCACCGCCUCCGCUGCCCCCUCCACCACACAGUUGGCAGAGCCAGCAGGUGCAGCCUCCUUCUCAGACACCCUCUCCUUGAUAGGAGACUCCCCCAGGCGCAAACUGCUGCUCUCUCUGGACAGGGAGAAGAGAGACUGAAGCCCCCCUCCUCCCCUCUCCUGUGACUCCUAAGUGCUGUUUAGACAUUUUUAUUUACCAGAAGAGCCAUGCCCUCCGAGAAACUUGUUUGUGUGUGUGUGUGUGUGUGUGUGUGUGUUGAUGUGCUGUCUGGAGCUUCAGUACGCUCCUCUCCAUUUUUUUAAUGUACGGGCUGAGUUACUGUGCAGUGUGUGCAAGAAGGAAGCAGCUUUUCGACAUUUGGGGUUUUGCACAGGUAAAGCUGUCAGUGCGUGUGAAGUCAUUAGCUUCAUUGAAUUGAGCACUUGGACCCUGAUGAAUAGUAAAUUAUUGGAUUGAGUUACUGUAUGAUUACACUAUAAUUUAUUUAAUAAUACAAUCACACUUUGUUGAUGGAUUCAGUGCCUUGCUCAAGGACACUUCAGCAGGACAGAAGCUUGUUGACAGGGAGGUCCUUCUCAUUACACCAUCCUGCCGCCAUCCCUCUGAUGUUAUUUAAUUUUGCACAUUUUUAACCAUCAUGGUGACUGGAACAGCAGCAGAAAAAUUAUGUGGUGUGAUGCUAGUUGUGUCAAACCUGAAUGAAGUAUGUCUUUUUUUCCACUUUUGUAAAGAUGAGAAUAUUUUUGGAAUGUUUUUGUUGCAUACCGUAAUGUGUCAUGUGGCUUGUGAUACUCUAAAUCAGACGUGUUGUCACUGUGA